AUGGACAUCAUUGGACAUUUGCCAAAUAAGCUGUACAAUUGCGAUGAAACGGGGCUCACCAUUGUGCAACACAAAACAAGUAAAGUCUUAGCCUUAAAGGGAAAGAGACAAGUUGGCGCUCUUUCAUCUGCCGAAAGAGAUUCACUUGUAACUGUAGUGACAUGUAUGAGUGCAGCGGAGGAUUAUAUUCCACCGCUGUUCGUAUUUCCCAGGGUUAAUAUGAAGGCUGAAUUGCUAGAUGGAACCCCAAAUGGAUCCAUCGCUAUAUACCAUAAAUCCGGCUGGAUUCAAAUGGACGCUUCCUGCAGUAGUUUAGAAAACAAGUUUUUGCCUAACGUGAAGCCCAGCAAAGAUGACCCUGUCGUACUGGUUUUGGAUGGGCACUACUCGCAUACCAGGAAUUUAGAACUGCUUGCACUAGUUGCACGAGAAAAUGGAGUGCAUAUAAUUUCCUUUCCUCCGCAUUGUACCCAUAAAAUGCAGCCGCUUGACAAAGCCUUUAUGUCCCCGUUGAAAACAUACUAUGCGCAGGCCAUCGAAAAUUGUUUGGGACAAAACAGUGGUAGAGUUGUUACACAUUACCAGGUUGGAAGACUUUUUGGAGAAGCCUACAAUCAAGCAGCAACGGUCGCAACAGCAACAAAUGGAUUUAGAAUCACAGGUUUAUUUCCUUGCAAUUGCAACGUUUUCCAGCCUCAUGAAUUCGUUUCUGAUGCGAAUGGUAGCGAUUUUGUUCAACAGGAUCAAAAUAUUUCCAUAACCCAAAUAGAAGAUAGAGAGUCUCAACCAAGCUGCAGCGUAAUUCAAAACAAUUUAGAGGAACGCCCAAAAAAUAAAUGGAAAAGGAGCUAA